ACAAGAGAAAGGGCAUGUCGGCUUAGCUCCACUCCUUUUUCAUCCUGCCACUUUGCUGCAUUUAAGUGGGAUAUUGGCUGGAUUCGGUCUCUCUUCUCCGCGCGCUCUCUCUCUCUCCUCCCUUCAUCCCUCCGUUCCCCCCUUCCCUCCUCCUCCUACCCCUCCUCCUCCCCCUCUUUCACUCCUUGUAGAGGUCUGGAUCACAUUUAAAACCACAUGUUCCUGUGUGCAAGCAACUGAGCCUGGAAGUCGGCAAGCAGGAAACGUGGUGACAGCAGAGUGGGACUGGAGCGCACAACGACGGGACAGACAUGCACGCCUCCCAGAUGGCCUUGCACACACUGGUGGCUGGAGAAGACUGGAUGUGAGCCCGUGGCGUAUUUUGCAAACACAUUGUUUGACACAUCUGGAUCCGUGAAGACCCUGGGCCAAAUCUGGCCGGUCCAAGACAGAUGACAGCAUCAAGGGGUUGUUCUGCUCAGAGAAAAUCGCAGAAAAAAGGAAAAACUGCUAAGUCUUAGACUAGCACUGAUUGAUGUUUCAUUCUCCUCCUCUUUUUUUUUUUUUUUCUUUUUUUAAAAGAGGAGAGCCCAUUUGGCUCCGAAAAGCCGUUUGUGACAGGUCUCUAUUGGUGCGCCUGUGUGGUCCAGUGUGAGAAACCUGCUUCGUGAUUUGUGAGCGUGCGUGAGUGUAUACGCAGACUGGCCUCCCUCGCUGCUCAGUCGCUGGACGGUAUCCUGGAGAGUCAGUAGCAGGAUGAAGACACAGAAAUGUGCUGGACUUCACAUGUUGUUACUCCUGUAUGUCAGACUGAUGCUGGCCGUGGACGCCUACAGACCCCAGAGAGACAUAAACCAGGAGAGGUGGGAACAGGAAUUAAGGGAAGCUGGGAGUCUGGAUGAGCUUCUGAUGUUGACCGAGUACCCGGACUGGAAGCUGUGGAGAUGCAGGCUCAAGCUGAAGCACUUUGAAUACGCCACUCCACCUGAGAGCCGCAGGUCAACUCGCUAUGCGGCCGCAUCGUUCAGCCCAGAGAUGCUAAAAGAUAUUGAUGACGAAUGGCAGAAAACACAGUGUAUGCCCAGAGAGACGUGUGUAGAUGUGGCAAAAGAGCUGGGCACCAAUACGGCUGUGUUCUUUAAGCCCCCGUGCGUCUCUGUCUUCAGGUGUGGCGGCUGCUGCAACAAAGAGGGAGUUACCUGCCGUAAUACAAGUGUGACUUAUGUCAAUAAAACUAUUUUGAGUGUGAGUCUGGCUCCGUAUAAAACUGGACCAGAGCCUGUGCUGGUGAAAAUAGCCAAUCACACUGAGUGUAUGUGCCAGGAACAUUCGCUGAUCCGCAGACAUGUUCGUGAGAAGCAUAAGAAGAGUUGCUCUCCUACACGUAAGCCAGAGGACAAGAGGCUGUGCAACAAAGGUUUAAUAUGGGACUGGAUGGCAGAGCGAUGUGUGACGUACCCCUCCAGUAAAGAAGAGCCUCCGUCUACUGUCAGUGAGGAGGACUGUGAGAUUGAUGUAGAGCGAUGUGAAUGUAUUCCAAAAGUAUGGACACACAGAUUACAUCAUACGUGACAUGAUUCACCAAAUCUUCUGAAGCUGCAAGAGAGAAAACAACGAUGAACACAACGCCCUGACAAUCUGCAAGUGCUGAGUGCAGAGACUGCAAAACACCAUUUAAUUUAUUUAUCUCUCUAUUUAUAUCAAAUAAAAAUUCUUUUAUUAACAUUUUAUUCACACAUCUCAUCAGUAGCUAACAUGGCAGCGAUAGCUUUCUAAAUAUAAAAACAACGCUGCUUUUCUGUUUGAACACAUGAAAAAUGAUAUCUGAGGUAAAUGUCUCCUUUGCACUGAAGACAACGUUUCAUCCUAAAGAAUGUCUGUGGAAUUUCAUAGAUAUAAUUUAUAUCUAAAACAAUUAUAUUUAAGUGUAAAUUAUAAUUUUUCAAAAUGUUCCCUGGCGGGCUAAUAGGGUCUAUGUGGGUUCAAGUCAUGUUUCCAUGGCACAAGAGGACUACAUGCGAGAUGGUGUACAUACAGAAGUACUUCAUUACUCACUUGCAUUGAGGAAAUGGCCAGGCCUCUGUUUAAGUUGAUGUGUUCAAAACUGAGCAUGCUGCCAACAAUAAAACAAAUUAUGUACUGGAGAUGAAAGCUGUUCAAAUAAAAAACGGCAAAUUUAAUAAAUAGGCCUAUGAUUGUGAUGUUUUCAAGGACCACUGAAACCAUUUAAUGUAGUGUAUUAAAGCAUGAAGCAUUUUCAAAGAGGAAAAAAUGAGUCCUUGCAAUAAAACAGUAGCAUUCCUGUGUUUCAAUAACUUUGAAUGGUUCAUUUCAGUAUUAACUGUUUAAAUAAAGACAGGGGCAAAUUGU